AUUGAUUGUACCAGUUCGAGCCGCAGCACAUGGUCGUAGUCGAUGUAAUGCUUCAUAUCGACUGACGGAACGUUUGAUAUGUCAACCAGUUGUUGAAACAUUAUCAAAUCCUACUAAUUGUCGGAAGAAAAUUGAUCAGGAAGAAGACGAUGGAGUGGGAAUUUCCAGCAGUGUUAAAAAGAGCAAGGUAGAUUACUCGGCUGUAAAAUUGAAAAAAAGAGAAUUAAAAUCACCAUAUCCAGAACUAAUGCUUAUACGAGUGAAAGGUGAUAAGAAUAUGGAUGUCCGAUUGGUGGCACCUAAAUAUACCUCAAUUCAUGCAUAUGCUGUAUUCAUUCUAAUCACUCCAAAGCAGUUAUUCCUAUACCACGGAAAAUAUUCGAAUUUGCUUGAAAGGAGUAAAGCAGCGAGAAUAAUUACAAGUAUUUGUGAAAAAAACGGUGAAUUGGGAUGUAAUGCGAAGCAAUUUGAAAAUGUUCACGAAGGAGAAGGCAUUGACGAAUUUUGGCGUUUAGUUGGAUUGAAUGAAGGAGAAUGUGAGGCUGUCACGAUUAAGGAACAUGUUCCAGAUAACCUUUUGACCCUCAAUGAACCAUUUGAAAAUAUUGCCGCUCAAAUGAAUACAAUUUAUGAAAUUGAUGAACAUUAUAACAGACAGCGAAUCUCAUCAGGUCAACUCCCAAAGUUCUCUCUGUUACAUCCCAAAAAGAAUUUAAUUUUUGAUUUUGGUUCUGAAAUUUAUGUUUGGGUUGGGCGAAAUGCUAACCGUGUCGAAACACAACAAGCAGUUGCAUUUGCUGAAACGCUGCGUACCGAACCUUUGAACACGGUUUUUGGAUUGGAUCAGAUGAUAUUGGGUGAUAAUUUCCAUAAAAUUCGACCAGCGUGGUGUCUACUCAUCAAACUAACUCACGGACUGAAGGAUUCACUCUUCCAGCACAAAUUUCAUGAUUGGCAAGAAAUAACUGGUCAUAUGUAUAAUAAGCCUGCAUAUUGCAUAACCUCCACGUCUCCAGCUUCAGUACUACUUGAGGAAGAAGAAGCAUACAAUUUAGGAAGAAAUCUUGCAUCUCGAUCACUGGAAGAACCAGUUUUAAUUCUGGAAGAACAAAAAUUGUACAGAAAUUUCAAAAAUAUUUUUACCGAAAACAUUCGUUGCUUUAUUUUGGAGAGUGAAAAGACACUGAAUGAAAUUGAUGAAUUAUGGAUUUUAAGAGAUAAUCGCUGCUAUAUUAUUAAAUGGGAAUAUCGAAUAGAACGAAUUGGAAUACGAAAAUUGGAUGGUACUGAACGUGAGAAAGAAACUGGUCGCCAACGUGUCGCAUAUUUUUAUUGGUUAGGUAAAAAGACCACUAAAACAGAGCAAGGACUUUGCGCUUUGGCGCUAAGAGAUUAUGAUGAGGCACAUUUUCCUCAUGAAAGAAUUGCUCAGGGACAAGAAUCGCCACUGUUCUUGCAAUUAUUUCAAGGAUCAUUGAUUAUUUGUGGCUGUGGAUCGGGUAUUUUCCUCGUUUAUGGAUCGUCAAUUGCCAGUGAAGCUCGAAUGGAAGAGCAAAGUUUACCUAUCAUUUAUCGUGCUCAUGCUGUAUAUAUUGCACUAAGUAAUAGCAGAAUAACAAUACUGGAAGGAGUUGAAAGUAAUGAAAGUUCAAAGAUGGCAGCUACAAAUUUUGCCAAGAAAAUCAAAAUACAUUACAGUGCCUUUGAACAAUUUAUUACCGAACCAGUCAUUGAUCAUUGUUGCUUGACUGGAGCAGACGAUUAUCCUGUAAUCAGAGCGGAUCAUUGGAUUAAGCCGCCACGGUUAUUUCGAUUGUUUGAGAAGGAUUGUGAAGAAUUGUCGUCUACAAAUUGUGAUCCUUCUCUUCCAUUUUCAUUUCAACAGGACAAUUUUAGGGAUACAAUUAUGGUAGAUCAACAUAAUAGAUUGUGGCUUUGGAGUGAUAAAACGGUCAGUACGUUUGCAUUACGUGUAGCAAACGCUUACUGGUCUAAUCGAACCGGUCCAAAAACGGUCAUUUGCAAGACGCAAGAACCGAAUUCAUUCAAAGCACUUUUCCCUACAUGGGAUGAUUUCAUCGACGAAAUUGAUGAAAAUGAACUUAUUACGCAAAAUCCAUUACGAUGCCAACCAAUCGAUUUGGAUGAGUUAUUACAAUUACGAAUAAAAACUUGGCCACUCGAAAAAGUGAUAAGUCGAGAUUUGCCACCUGGUGUUGACCUGAAUCGAUUAGAGCAAUAUUUAAAUGAUGAUGAUUUUCAAUCAGUCUUUCGAAUGGACCGAACAGCUUUCUAUGCACUUCCACACUGGAAACAAACUGUACUUCGCAAAAAGCAUAAGCUAUUUUGA